AUGGGAGGCGCGCCUCACCUAUUCAAAACCGCUGCGCAUAGACUAAAGUCUGAAUGCUUCAAUGAAAUCUUGCUUUUCAAUUACCAUUCCUAUCCAUGCAGGUUGCAGCUAUGGCAGAAGAGGAGCUGUAUAUCGUGUACAAGGGUGUGUAUUUGGUCAAACUGACCCAUACCCCAGAGAGCCUGAAAUACUGCGAGGAGUUCUCUUUCCGUCCAGAUGACAUUCUGAUUGUUACUUAUCCCAAGUCAGGGACAACAUGGAUGCAGGAGAUAGUACCUCUGAUCCUGAGCCAGGGAGACUCGGAACUGGUGGACACUGUGCCCAACUGGGACCGGGUCCCCUGGUUGCACAAUAACAAGGCCCGUCACCUUAACCUGGACCAGAGACCGUCCCCACGCGUCUUCAUUACUCACUUCCAGUACAACAUGAUGUCAACAGGCUUCCUCAAGGUCCAACCCAGGGUAAUUUAUGUGAUGAGGAACCCGAGAGAUGUAUUCACUUCCUACUCUCACUUUAGUAGGAUGGCCUCCUUCUUGGUUAGUCCAGGAACACAGACUGAAUUUCUCAACAUAUUUCUUGAUGGAAAAGUGAUUUUCGGCUCUUGGUUCGAUCACGUGAAGGGCUGGCUGUCUGCCACAGAACAGCACAUCAUGUACAUCUCCUAUGAAGAGAUGAUCCUGGACCUGGAGGCCUCUGUGACCCGGAUGGCUCAGUUCUUGGACACACCUCUGGAUUCUGAGAUGAUAAGGAAGAUUACCGAUCGAUGUGUGUUUAAGAAUAUGAAAAAGAACAAAAUGUCUAACUACUCCCUGGUCCCCAAUACAAUUAUGGACCAGAAUGUGUCAGAGUUCCUUAGGAAAGGUAUUGCUGGAGACUGGAAGAAUCAUCUAACUGUAGCAGAGGCGGAAUACUUUGAUGAAUUUUACCAAAAGAAAAUGCAUGAUGUAAAAUACAAUUUCUUUUGGGAUUAAAAAAUAUAAUUAUUGUGUUUUCUAUCAUGGCCUGGGGCAAAGUAGCCAACCAAUUGUUAAAGUGCUGUUACUAAUGGCCAUGAUUCAUCAUGAUUUAGAACCACAAUCAGAGUCUGAAAUUUAUAUUUCUAAUGUUAUUUUGUCUCGUUAACUUAGUAUGAGCAGGUGUAACGUAACAUGUGUAACAAAGCAGCUUAAUAACGAUAAGGGAUAAAUUCAGUUUUUUCUCUCUAAGAAAUGUGUUAAUUUGCUGAGACUAGCUCAGAGAAGAUUUGAAUGACUUGCCUUCAUGAAUACAGACUGGGAUUUCAUUCAAAUCCCUUCUAAUUCGUGAAAUAAAUUAUAUCUCACCUAUAUUAAUGUGUCUGUUCCUGGUUGUGGGUGAGGGACAAAUUCUAUAACAAAAAAAAAAUGCUUGAUCCGAUGAAGC